CACAUUAUGAGAUUCGAUUUGUAAGCUCAAACAUUGGUAAACAUUUAUUUGUAACAUUAAUAUAGUAUUUAUUAAGAUGUAAAAAUGAUUUCAUAAUCAUUAAAAAUGAGUGUAUGCUAGCACUCAAUUCAGCGUGUAUCAUAUAUGCCUAAUAUAUGUCUUUUAGUGUUCGUGGAAAGGAGAGAUGACUGGCAUCUCCCAUGAUAGGGACGGGAACGACUUCCCAUCUCCUAGAAGUCGAGUUCCAAUCGGUUAGCAGUAGAUCUGACGUGCAAGCUACCUGCAAAAGAACACACCGACGACCCCUAAAGAGAUAAAAACAAAAUUCAAAAACCACCGAACCUCCAUCGACGAUGCUCCACAAGCUAUGCGAACCAAUCCGUCUCCGAAAUAGGAAAACAAAUAUACCAAACCCAACCAGUGGAGGAAAUACACUUCAUGUACGACAAGCAAUUUUUCAUCGGCACUGAGUACAAAAACCAUACAACCCCAUAAAAAAUACAUAAAACAAGGGUGAAGAUAAUAAUAAAAAUAAAAAUAAUAAAAAUAUACAACUAAGUAAGAAAUGAUAACUGUCCACUUAGCUUAACACAGGGUAGGAUCCGUUUGGACUUGUAACCGCUAUCCGUUAGAAUUGUAACCGCCAUCAAAUGAUAACCGUCCGCAGCCCACUAGCCUAGUCGUUCGCAGGUAAGGCUCGCCGCCCGCCGGAAGGUCCAGCCCGCAACUCCGUUGAAACCCAUGUAAAAAUAGGCAAAAGCCACUGGAAAGGGUGCCAGGGAUGGGGAAACGCCAUGAGCAGGGACGCACGAGGGCGUUGGGUAGCAAUUUGCCAGAGCGCAUGAUUGCGGAAUUAGGGAGGAAAUAGACUCCAUCGAACCCGAUUCAUCAAUUCUAACACGUGAGAUUGAAGACCAACGUAACGAGAUUUAAGACGAAUGGCAGGAGAUUGGCGUUGGAGACUAGUACGCACAUAAAAUCACUCGAAUUAUUUUCUUCUAUCAAUAUCCGUCACAUUCUCUACAUGGACAUCCCCUAGCUAGAGCCCGUUUUUCUAAUUUGUGAGUCCAUCAACUUCAAGAUCGCAACUUCAACAUGGACAUAUGCAUACGUGCCUAUCUCCUUUUUCCCAUUCUUCAAAAAAAAAAAAAAAAAAAAAAAAAAAAAAAAAAUAAUAAUAAUAAUAAUAAUAAUAAUAAUAAUAAUAAUAAUAAUAAUAAUAAUAAUAAUAAUAAUAAUAAUAAUAAUAAUAAUAAUAAUAAUAAUAACAACAACGUUGCUGCCACCAUUCUUCCCCUCCAAAGUCCCAUAUAUAUCUCCACAUACAAACGUACAUUCCCCAAAUUAAACCAACCUCAAACAAGCCCCUAACUCAACACACAAAAGAUGAAAGAUCACGAGAUAAAGAGCCUCCACGGCAACAGAAGAGCCCCAAAACCAUCCCUCUGCCGCUCCAUUUUCACCUCCCAACUCUUCUACCUCACUCUCGCCCUCCUCGCCUUCUUCGCCGGCUACUACACCGCCACCUCCACCUCCUUCUCCCCCUCCUCCUCCUCCUCCGCCGCCGCCACCAUCAACUUCCCCUCACGGCUCGCAGCCACAACCGCCGCCAUGACCCUCCCACCGGAGAUCGACAACUUCCGCGUCGCACCCAACUGCAUCGACCCCAUACCCACCGACCUCAUCCGCGAAACCAUCCUCACACGCGUCUACGGCGGCGCGUCCCCCUUCGACAACUUCCCACCUCCCCACGUCGCCAACUCCCUCCGCGACCGCAAACUCAAGGGCUGGGGAUCCAAGGGCGCCGUCUUCCGCCACCUCAUCGAGGAGGUCCGCCCCAAAAUCAUCAUCGAGGUCGGCACCUUCCUCGGCGCUUCCGCCGUCCACAUGGCCACCCUGACACGUCAGCUCGGCCUCGACGACACGCUCAUUCUCUGCAUCGAUGAUUUUCGUGGCUGGCCCGGGUUUCGAGAGCAGUUCCAGUUCAUCAACCACAUCAACGGCGACGUGAUGCUGUUGUAUCAGUUCAUGCAGAACGUGGUGUAUAGUAAUGUGACCGAUUCGGUCCUGCCCCUCCCGUUCUCGACCGGUUCGACCCUUUCCAGGUUGUGCCAGUGGGGUGUGACCGCGGAUCUGAUCGAGAUCGAUGCGGGUCACGAGUUUAACUCGGCUUGGUCCGAUAUUAACCGGGCGUUCCGGCUGUUGCGACCCGGUGGGGUUAUGUUUGGGCAUGAUUAUUUUCGGAUGGGGGAUAACCGUGGGGUGAGGCGGGCGGUUAAUUUGUUUGCUCAGAUUUAUGGGCUGAGGGUCCAGACCGAUGGCGAGCAUUGGGUGAUCCACACCUCCUGAUUUUGGUUCUCCCAAGUUUGAAGUCGAAUUUUGUUUCUUACUUUUCUACAUAUGGAUGAUUGGUGAUAUUUGAAUGUAGGGUAUGAUAGAUAAUAUCAUAUCCCCACGUAUUAUUGCGUUGGUUAUUUGGGUUCUCGUAUUUUUUAUACCAAAUUGCUUCAUUUGCCCAACUUAUUAUGUGUAUGUGAUGAGAUUCAAACGAUAGAAAAGGUUAAUUGUAUUUUUCCUCUUUUAUUUGAACAAAGAAACUUAACCCUUCUCGUGUAUUCAAACCACAUUAUCUAUCAAACCAACUUUAUAAAUGGAUCGUGAUGAUGAAUUGGUGAUGCCUCGGUCAGAGGAGAUAUCGAGAUUCAAGAAAUCGUGAAUUGUCUU